AUGCGCACGGGAGCUUGCACAGUACAGCAGGCCCUCACAGCAGAGGCUGCCUCAGUCCUCAAGCUCUCCCUUACCUUGGCCAAGAGAAGAGGCCAUGCCCAGGUGACCCCUCUCCAUGUUGCUGCCACCCUCCUGAGUUCCUCUUCCUCCUCUUCUAACCUUCUAAGAAGAGCUUGCCUCAAGUCCCAUCCCCACCACCCUGCCUCCCACCCACUUCGGUGCAGGGCUCUUGAGCUCUGCUUCAAUGUGGCCCUCAACAGGCUCCCCACAACCCCUCCCCCCUCCUCCUCUGGCUCCUUGAUCCACACCCAGCCUUCUCUGUCUAAUGCCCUCAUUGCUGCCCUCAAGAGGGCCCAGGCUCACCAGAGGAGGGGCUGCAUUGAGCUCCAGCAGCAGCAGCCCCAGCAGCAGCAGCAGCCUCUUUUAGCCAUCAAAGUAGAGUUAGAGCAGCUCAUCAUCUCUAUUUUAGAUGACCCAAGUGUUAGCAGGGUGAUGAGAGAGGCUGGUUUCUCCAGCACCAGUGUCAAGAACAACUUAGAAGAAGAAACCUCUGUUUUAGUCCAAUCCUCUCCUCCCUUUUACUUCGAGUCCCAUAAGGACAUCUUAAGCCAGGGAAGUUUCUGGCAAUCCCAGUUCUUAAAGCCACCUUCUGAGCUAAACCCAGUAGUCCCAUCCUCCCAAAAAGAGGAUCUGAGGAUUGUCUUGGAGGUGAUGGUCAGGAAACAGGGGAGGAGGAACAACACUGUGGUGGUGGGGGACUCUGUUUCCAUGACAGAGGGGCUUGUGUCUGAGCUUAUGGGUAGGGUGGAGAGAGGAGAGGUCCCUGAUGAGCUCAAGUCUGCUCACUUCAUCAAACUCCAUCUAUCUUAUGUUCACCUUAGGCUCAUGAGCAGGGGAGAUGUGGACAUGAAGGUGGCCGACCUUAGGAGAAAGAUCUGCUCCUUAGCAUCAGACACAGUUGGUGAGGGUGUGAUCAUCUAUGCAGGGGACUUGAGAUGGGCUGUGGAUGAGGAAACCAAAGAUGGGCAGGGCUUCAGGCCAGUGGAUCACAUGAUAGGAGAGAUGGGGAGGUUGCUAUCUGAGCUCAGGAGCAGCAAUGGCCAUGGUGGUGGGGGUGUGACCAGCAACAACAAGGUGUGGUUAUUGGCCACUGCCAGCUACCAGACUUACAUGAGGUGCCAGAUGAGGCAGCCAUCACUUGAGACACAGUGGGCCCUUCAGGCUGUGGCCGUUCCCUCGGGUGGGCUUGCACUGAGCCUCCAAGCUCCAAGUGGCGUAGAUUCAAGGAUGACAAAACUCAGUCAUUAUCCUUUCCAAAUGCUAGAGUUGAAGGCUUUUAACUACAAGGAGGAAGACGAAAAGCUCAUAUGCUGUGCUGAAUGCGCUUCCAAUUUUGAGAAGGAAGCAUCAGUUCUCAAGUCAGAAAAUGCCUCAAGCCACUUGCCAAUUUGGCUGCAACCACAUAGACCAGACAACCAUCACAAGGAUGCAUUGCCUGAACUGAGGAGGAAAUGGAGCAGGCUAUGCCAAAGCCUUCAUCAUGGCAAACAUAGCCAGGCUCAUCUGCAUCCACCCUUGUUAACUCCAGGCCCAGUUGGAAAGAGCUCCACUCAUGCUUCAUCACAUCCAUGGUGGUCUAGCAGCUUACCUCACAGCCAAAAAUUUUUCAUGGAGCCGCAUUCAAUGUCCUUCCCUGAGACUGCAUCAAAACUUAAUGGUGGCAGCACCAGCUUUACAUCUCAAAUUAAAAAUGGAACUGGGAACUGGCAGGAGAGGGAUGCCCCAAUGCAUUGGCCCUCUGAACUGAGUUUGCCUUUUGUCCAAAAGCCAGCAAACCAGGAGGUAAAGACUACACUGGCUUUGGGUAACCCUCUGUUCUCAGAUUCAGCAACAUCCAAAGACCAAAGAAGAGGAGCGAUAGUAGACCCACAAGAGCUAAGCCAGCAAUUGGAAGAGAACAUCCCUUGGCAAGCUGGAACAAUUCCUUCAAUAGUCGAAGCACUGCAUGACUGCAGAUCAAGUGAGAAGAGGGGGACCUGGCUACUGAUACGAGGCACCGAUCACAUAGCAAAGAGAAGACUAGCAAGGGUAAUUGCUGAGAUAUUUUGUGGAUCCACAGACAGGCUCAUCCACAUUAACAGGAGUAAAUUGGUUUGCGGAGCUAGUUCGUGUACCGAGAUCCUCGCAGAAGCCUGCAAAAAGGACCAAAAAUGUGCUGUCCUUAUCGAGGACAUUGAUCGAGCGCACCCCAAUUUCAUCAAUUGGAUUGCUGAAGGUCUCAAAAAUGGAUUUUUUGAGGACGCACUCGGUAGAGAAGUUGGAGUGGUUCAUGGGGUCUUCAUUCUGACUACAUCCUUCUCUACCAAGUUUGACAAUGCCAAUGAGAAUCUUGAAGGUGUCAUGAAGAUGAAGUUGUGGGUUGAAGAGACUGAGAGUGAGACUCCCCAUGAUCUCAAAAGAAGGCCCGAGAGGGAAUUACCAUACAUAUCGAAGAAAUCGAGGUCAGAGGAGAACAGUCUUGAUCUGAACCUCUGUGCUGUGGAGGAGGAGGAGGAGGAGGAGGAGCGCAGGGAUGACGAAGAGGACGCUGUCCCCAGUGAUCUGACCCACGAGACAGACAGUGGCGAUCCCAAUCUCCCAUACGAGCUUCUUGAAUCAAGCACGGCUUGCUUCACCAUGGAUGCCAGCCCCGACCGGUCCUGCCGGAUGUCGCAGAACCUGCUGUCGAAGCUCCACCGGGCGUUCGAGGAGGUGAUGAGCGGUGGAGAAGUGAUGGGGCAGCUGUGCGUGGAUCGGACGGCGGUGGAGGAGCUGAUGAUGGCCUCUGGUUCAUUCCUGGAGAGCUUGUUCGACAAGUGGGUGAGAGAGGUCUUUCAAAUGAGCUUGGUAACGGUCAAAAAGGGCGGGAAGGUGAGGCUUGGUGUGGAGGGUAAAGAGGGAAAUGUGAGGGAGUUUGGGUUCCAGUGUUCUGUCCUCCCCAACAGAAUUCAUGUUGGCUGAACCCCCCAAUCUGUCCCACCCCCUUCCAUGUAAAAAUAGCGAAAUCACCAAAACCACAUCUUGUAACCCCUUUUUUUUUGGCAUUUUUUUCCCACUUUAAAUGGCUAGUCCCUUUUAUUAUUAUCAUUA